ACCAUCUGGAUGGAUUAUUUCCACGCAUCUCACCCUGUAUGCUGUUUAUAAUGGGAAGCAGUUCUGGCAAAGUGUUACCUGAGCCCUCGAAAAAUGGAUAUUUUUGCCUUAUCAGCUCUGUUGUGAACUUCAAGAAACAAGAGACUGACAGGAAAACGUGUAAAGAGAAACAACAAGCUUGGCUUUGGAGGAGAAGUGACAGAGGAGCUUCUCGAAGAGGAAUAUCAGAGGGAGUCAAAGAAUCGGUUCAUCUGGAGGAGCGGAUGAGGAAUCCUAAUGCAAAGUUUCGUGCAAAGUUUGAUCCACGCGUCACAGCAAGGUAUGACAUCAAGGCUCUGAUCGGCCGUGGCAGCUUCAGCCGUGUGGUUCGUGCUGAGCACAGACGAACACACCAACCCUUCGCCAUCAAACUCCUAGAGGUCAAAGGUCGGGAGGGUCACGAGGCCUGUCAGGCAGAACUCGGGGUCCUGCGACGUGUGAACCACACCAACGUCAUCCGUCUGGCUGAGGUGUUUGAAACACAGCAUCGUGUGUAUCUGGUUCUGGAGCUGGCCACGGGAGGAGAGCUCUUGGAGCGUGUAGUCGCCCGAGGUACCUUCAGAGAACGGGAUGCCACCAAGGCCUUAAUGAUGGUGUCCAGCGGGCUGCACUAUUUGCACACGCUCGGCGUCAUCCAUAGAGACCUCAAACCUGAAAACCUGCUAUAUUACCACCCAGGACGGGACUCUCGAUUGAUCAUAACAGACUUUGGACUCGCUUGUUGGGAGAACAACAGAAGAAGAGAAGAUACUGCUUUUACGACUCGAGAUGCAAAUUUUGACUUGUCCACUGAUGUUGAGGAGUGUUGUCAGGAUGAAGAUUGGGCUGUGAGGACACUCUGCGGCACGCCGGAGUACCUGGCCCCUGAGAUGCUGGCACGGAGACCCUGUAGCAGCGCUGUGGAUAUGUGGGCGCUGGGUGUCAUCACUUACAUCCUGCUGAGCGGCUCGCUGCCCUUCGACCAGAGCAGCCGACCGCGACUCUUCAGGGCCAUUCUCAGGGGCGGCUACAGUUUCCAUGGUGAUCCAUGGAAAUCAGUAUCUGCAUCAGCCAAAAGCUUCAUCGAUCGCCUCCUGACCCUUGAUCCUGAGCACCGGAUGAGCGCUGAGGAAGCUCUUAAGCAUCCUUGGCUGGUCAGCAUGGCAGCCUGUUCCUCCAACAAGAACCUACACCGCUCUAUUUCCCGAAACCUCCAGCGGCGGGCGUCACGGGCCUCCUCUCGAUGCCCCAGCUCAGGCUCUACUCCUGGGUCACGGAUAUCAAUGAGGUCUGGAUCACGGCCAAAUUCUAGGCCACGGUUAGGGGUCAGCAACAGCUCUGGGCAAUGCGUGAAAAUCGCUACUUAACAUGAGGUCAAGGUUUGGCUGGUUAGCAUAGAUCUGUUGUUUUAUCCCAAAGCGCUAUCGCUCAUUCACAGCCUGUUUGAUUCUAAAGAUCAAAGAGAUGAUGGAAAAUGAUUAGUGAAGUGACUCACAUGAAAAAUGCACAUUAUCCUUUAAAACCUUUACAUAAACUCAAAAUGCAGAUUUAAUGGUAAAUCCUGUAUGUAUGCAUACCAAUGUUUAUGCUAGUAUUCGUUUUUCAAGAUCUUCAGCACCUUAUGUGCGAUCUCCAACUCAUGAUGAACAGCGAAGGAGUUUAAAGUCUCCACUAUAAAAAGAAAAGCAAAGAUCAGCACCCCUGCUCUGUUCUCCCACAUUCAUUCCUUCAUUAAUCAGAUGAAUACAAGCUGAUUAUAUAAACUCACCAUUCUAUUUUAAAAUAUACAUUUUUCAGCCCUGAAUAACCACACACCGGACUAAAAUGCAAAUGGUAAGCAAGUGUAACCUCAAAUGGUCUGAUCUGCUUCUUUUAAUAUGCCUGUUUUUACAUUAAGAUGAUUAUGUGAAGAAAUUAAUACUUUUAUUUAGCAAGGAUGCAUUAAAUUGCAAAGUGAAAGUAAAGACAUUUAUAAUGUUACAGUGGAUUUCUAAUUUCUAGUAAUGCUGUUCUUUUGAACGUUUUAUUCAUCAAAAAAAUGGGGGGAAAGUAUUACGGUUUCCGCAAAUACGUUUCUGAAGGAUCACGUGACACUCAAGACUGGAUGAUGCUAAAAUUUCAGCUUUUCGUCACAAAAAUAAAUUCUAUUUUACAAUAUAUUAAAAUACAAAACGGCUAUUUUAAAUUUUAAUAACAUCUCACAAUAACAAAAAAAAUCCCCCAUUGCAUUUUAUCCGUGUCGAGUAAUCGGCAAAAUACCGGAAGUGGCACAUUCCACAUAAUAAAUCGCGAUUUCAAAAUAAAAGUUUAAACUCUCACUCUGAGUUUACUCGUUUUGAUGUCCAUAUAUUCAAGGCAAUACGUUGGCUGUAGCAUUGCUAUCAUAAAGAAAUGGCCAAAUAUUAAAGAUUAAGUGGAGGUUUGGAUUAAAUGUUGUUUAGUCAAUAUUAAAUAAGGAUUAGAUCGCGCAGUUAAGUGUAAAAACAGUCGUCAGGCCGUUGGCGCUCUCUGCGGGCAUUUGUUAUAAUCAUAGACUGUAAAAAAUAUGGAUGUAGUGUUCGUGACGUCACCCGUAGGUUCUGAAGAGCAUUUUUGAAGCUCUUAGUGGGCGGGAGUCAGCCGUUGCCAUCUUGGAUUCGCGUCACUGCACGUCACUCCCGGAUAAACGAAAAUGGGCAAAGAGGCGGGACGUGGGUGGAGCUGAUUGGUGAAACCACGCCCUAAAUGAUGCAGAACUUUAAGGCCUAAUAUAAUUUACACGGAUGAGUUAUAAAAAAAAUUCACCCCCUCACAGUUGACAUGAAAGGCAACAUUAGCUAUAUAGACCAAAACCACUUUUUGUACCAGGCUGUAACCAUAUUUUUUUCUGCUGUAAAGUUGGGUAUUUUAACAUGUUAUAAUGCGUAAUGCA